AUGAACCUUGGUACGAUGGAAGAGUUUGAUCUUGUUGUAGUCGGAGCCGGCUACUACGGCCUGGGUGUCGCGAAGCAAUAUCAUGUCACACAUCCACAUGAUUCUCUGGCUGUUUUCGACGUCAACGCCUCUGUAGGCGGUGUCUGGUCAAAUGAGCGCGUCUACCCAUGCCUGAGAUCUAACAAUUUACUGGGAACUUAUGAGUAUCCAGACUUUCCCAUGACUACUAAGCGCUUUGGCGUCGAGCCAGGAAACUACAUUCCUGGCGAGGUCAUGCAUGAGUAUCUAGAAACCUACAGUCGCGAGUUCGGCAUUGACAAGCACCUGAGAUUGAGCACAAAGGUUGUUUCAGCUGAGCAUAAAUCUGAAGGGGGAUGGAUUCUUGAGACUCAAAGUACCAAGGACGAUCAAAAGAUGCCCACUCGAGUUUUGGCCAAGAGGUUGAUCAUUGCGACGGGCAUGCUUUCUGAACCGUUUAUGCCUCAUAUCAUUGGCCAGGAGGAUUAUGGCCGGCCACUCUUUCACAGCAAAGACUUUCAACAAUAUAGAGACACCAUCAGCACUGCCAAGCGUGUCACUGUCUUUGGAGGAACCAAGUCUGGCUGGGACGCCGUUUAUGCGUAUGCGAGUCACGGUGUCAAGGUUGAUUGGAUCAUACGGCCAACAGGCCACGGUCCUGUUUGGAUGUCACCCUCGUUCGUGACGCCUUUCAAAGUGUGGAUUGAGAAGCUCGUUAACAUCCGUUGGCUUCACUGGUUUGCCCCAUGCAUCUGGGGCCAGGACAGCGGCUACCACGGUAUCAAAUCCUUCUGGCAUCGUACUGCUAUUGGCAGAUUAAUUACCAAUACCUUCUGGAAUAUUCUGGCUCAAGAUGUGAUCAACAUUAUGCACUUCGACACGCAUUCCGAGCUGAAAAAGCUUAAACCAACUUCGUCAGCGAUGCAUACCGGCACAGCCUUUGGCAUCUUUAAUUAUGCAACAGACUUUUACGAGCCCAUACGCAACGGGACUGUGCAGAUACACGAAAAGGACCUUUCGCAUAUUAGCGAGGGUAAAGUCCACCUUGAUGACAAAGACGGGACAAUUCUUGAGUCUGAUGCUUUUGUCGCCGUUACUGGUUGGAAGUCAUUCUCACCUCUCAAGUUCCUGCCUGAAGGAAUAGAUCGAAAAAUUGGCCUUCCACAUGUCCUAGAUGGUGGUGAUAACGGUUGUCUGCCUGACGAAGAUCUUGCUGCUCAGACUGCACUUCUUGACCAGGCCGAUAAAGAGAUCCAGGAGCGGUUCCCAAUUCUCAAGAAGCCCAUGAAGUUUAACCCAAAUUACAAGCGACUCACCGAGACUAAAGCUUUCAGUAUGAAUACUUCUGAUCUUUCCCCGCGCACACCUCUGAUGCUCUACCACUUUAUGGUACCCGGCACCGCUGAGUUUCUGCGUACGAAAGACCUUGCGUUUACGGGAUACUCGACGAAUUUCAGUAACGGGACUUGUGCGCAUAUUCAAGGUUUAUGGAUCAGUGCGUUUUUCGAUGGAACGCUGGCGCGAGACCCUAGCUCAGCUGUCACUUCAGAGAAGGAUGGGAGUGGCAAGGCCAUGUCCCUAAGUGAGGUUCACUGGCAGACAAUCUUGCAUAAUCGAUUCGGCAAGUGGCGAUAUCCAAAGGACACGGGAUCAAAAUCGCCCGAUUUCAUCUUUGAGGCGGUGCCGUUUAUGGAUAUGAUGAUGGCGGAUUUGGGGUUGGUAGUGCAUCGGAAGAAGGGGUGGUUCAAGGAGAUGUCUGAGCCUUAUGGUCCAGACGACUAUGCAAAGAUUAACGAAGAAUUUGCGGCUAGAUUUGUCUAA